AUGAACAUUCAACUUAUUGAAAGAGUUAAAGUUUGCAGCACAAAGGUCCUUAAUCUGACCAAUGUUGAGGAACAACUGUUGAAGCUGAAAUCUAAAGUGGAGUGGCUUAGAAUUGGGGAUGGCAACAAUGCCUAUUUCCAUGCUUCUUUGAAGUCCAGAAGAAGACAAGCUCAAAUUGCCAAUCUGAAAAAUAAAGAUGGUAACAUUCUUUACCUACAGGAAGAGAUUGACCAGGAAAUUGUCAAUUACUACCAGAAUCUUGUGGGUACUGCUAACAUGAAUUUGAAUAGCAUUGAUAUUAUUGCUUUGAGAAAAGGUCCACAAUUAUCUAUUGAGAAGAGGAAUGCCUUAAUUUCUCUUGUUAGAGAGAAAGAGAUUUUUACUAGUCUGAAGGGUAUUAAGGACUUAUCUGCCCCUGGUAUAGAUGGCUAUAACGCUAAGUCAUUUAAAUCCACACAGGACAUCAUCAAACAAGACAUCAUCAAUGUAGUUAAGGAGUUUUUUAGAGUAAUAAAGUCUAUAGAGCCAUCAACUGUACCUUAG